UCCGCGCUCUCCCGCCGCCGCCCGGCCCCGGCCCCGGCCCCGGCCCCAGCCCCAGCCCCGGCCGCGGCCGCCGGGCCCGGCCCAGCUCCUCGGGGCCAUGGCCGAGUGGGCGCCCGCCCAGGUGCAGGAGUGGAACAUGGAGGCCCCUCACCUGAUGCCGCUGCAGCCGCCGCUGCUGCCGGAGCGGGCGCACGUGCGGGAGGCGCAGCUGCACUCGGCAGAGGCCUCGCUCUGGACCGUGGUGGCCACGGUGCAGGCCAUGGAGAGGAAGAUCGACCUCCUGGCCACCCGCCUGCUCAGCCUGGAGGGCCGCUCCGGCACGGCCGAGAAGAAGCUCCUGGACUGCGAGAAGACGGCCAUGGAGUUCGGGAACCAGCUGGAGAGCAAGUGGGCCGUGCUGGGCACCCUCAUCCAGGAGUACGGGCUGCUCCAGAGGCGCCUGGAGAACGUGGAGAACCUCCUGAAGAACAGGAAUUUCUGGGUGCUGCGGCUGCCCCCCGGCCCCCGGGGCGAGGUCCCCAAGGUGCCGGUGACGUUUGUUGACAUCGCCGUCUACUUCUCGGCGGAGGAGUGGAAGAACCUGGAGGAGUGGCAGAAGGAGCUGUACAACAACCUAGUGAAGGAGAACUACGAGGCUUUGCUCUCCCUGGACGGUGCCCUCUCCAGGAGUGAGGCUCAGCCCCGCAGUGAGCGCGGGGAAGGGCCCUGUGUCCCCGAGCAGCGGGAGCUGGAGCAGCGGGAGCUGCCACCGGACGCCUGCGCAGAGUCGCUGAUCUCCACCUCCGACAUCCUGUCCCGGAUCAAGCAGGAGGUGGCCUUUGUGGGGGAGCAGCAGUUCCCGGAGGAGCGGGGGAUGCCCCCGGACCCCUGUGCAGGCGCGGACGCCCUGAUCACUGCGCACGACUUCUUGUCGUGGAUCAAGCAGGAGGAGGAGCCCUGUGUCCGUGAGCCCUGGGAGCUGCCGGACAGGGAGAUGCUGCCCCCGGGUCCUGGUCCUGCCGGCGAGGGGCUGCUGGUGAAGACGGAGGAGCGGUGCCCCCACGCCGAGCCCCCCGAGGAGGUGGGUUUGCCGGGCGGCUCCGGGGAGCUGCUCUUCCCCGGCACGGGCUUCGGGACCCCCGAGGGACAGGCGGCGGUGCCAGCGGCCGUGGCUCUGCCGGCGCAGCACAGACUGGGCAAAGCUCCGGGCCCCGAGCCGGGCCCGGGCGCCGAGAGCGGGGCGGUCCCCGCGGCGCCGCCGGGACCCGCCGAGGAGCGCCCGCACGGCUGUGCCGAGUGCGGGAAGAGCUUCAGCGGGAAGAAGAGCCUGCGGAUCCACCAGCGCAGCCACGCGGCCGAGCGGCCCUACCCCUGCGCCGAGUGCGGCAAGAGCUUCAAUUGCCACUCGGGGCUGGUGCGGCACCAGAUGAUCCACCGCGGGGAGCGGCCCUACAAGUGCUCCGAGUGCGGCAAGUGCUACAGCCGCAAGGAGCACCUGCAGAACCACCAGCGGCUGCACACCGGGGAGCGCCCCUUCGCCUGCGCCCAGUGCGGCAAGAGCUUCAUCCGCAAGCAGAACCUGCUCAAGCACCAGCGCAUCCACACCGGGGAGCGCCCGUACCAGUGCCCGGCCUGCGGCCGCAGCUUCCGCUACAAGGAGUCCCUCAAGGACCACCAGCGGGUCCACGGGGCCGAGGCGGGGCCGCCCCCGCUGCCCCCGCCCGGGAUCAUCGGAGCCACGUGGCCGCCCGCGGCGCCGGCCCCGGCCACGGCCACCGAAGGGGCUCCGGCUGGGCACGGCGGCGUCCGCCCACGCGGCGCUCUCGCUCGGCGGCUCCGGGAAGCCGGGCUCGACUUUGGGCUGCUCGAGGAGCGGGCUGGGGUCGCGGCGGGGCUCGGGGGGCGGCGGCGCCGGGCUCUGGCGGGUGCUGGAUCGCUCCUGGCGCAGGUAGCGCAGCUCGUCCCGGAUGUCCGUGAGGACGCCGAGCAGGCGGAACUGCAGCUCCCGGUCGCGCGCCCGCUCCUCGCGCUGGGUGGCCCGCUCCUCCUGCCACAUGGCCAGCUCCUGGUGGUACAGCUGGUCCCACUGCUCCUCCAGGUCGAGCAGGUGAUGGAUGCUAGUCCUCCAGCUGUCCCGGCGCUCCUCGCGCAGCCGGGAGCAGCCCAGCCCGCGCGGGGGGCCGGGGGCGGCCGGGGCGUCUCCGGGGGGGGAGGCGGAGGAGGGCAGCGAUUCCUCGGUCAGGGCGCCGUGGAGCGGGGAACGGGCCGGGGGCUCCUCGUCCGCCGGGGCCUUCUCCCAGGUGGGCCCCAUCAGUACCCUGGGCAAGGCGCCCAUCUCGGGGCCCGGGCCCCCCGCCUGCUCCUCGGGAUGCGCCGAGUCCAUCCCGCGGCCCAGGGCGGGCAGGUCGGACACCCCCUCGUGCCCCCAGUCCGAGUGAGCGUCCGCGGGGUUCAAGGAGUCCUCGGGGACGGGGAGAUGGCCGACACGUCUGGAGUCCGCAGCUCCGGCCCCGACUCGGCUGGAAGAGAAGAGGAAACCUCUGUCGGUGCCGCCGGCGGGGUCGGGGCUCUGUCCCGGCAGCCGCGGCGCGGCCGAGCCCUCCACGUCCGGCAGGGCCGAGGGCUGCCCGUUGGUGUCGAUGUAGAUGCUGGGGUGGCUCACGCCGGGCUGCAGGUGCAUGAAGGGCUGCUUGGACGCGCCAGGGAAGAACAGAUCUGUGGGACACACGGGAUCCGGCCUCAGCCCGGGGGGACGCGGUGGCACCGAGGCACAGACACCCUGAUGAUCUCGGGCUCCGAGUCGUGGCUGGCCUGCAGGAAGGUGGAGGCCACCAUCUUCUCCAGGGGCGUGAGGCGCGGCUUGUGGAGCGGCCCCCCGGCGCGGUUCAUGGGCAGGUGCUUCUUGGAGGUGAUCUUCUUCUUGACGUCCAGCCGCAGGUCGCGCCACUUGUGCUUGAGGGCCUCGGACCCGUACAGGGCGCUGAAAUGCCGGACCACAUUCCAGACCAGCGUCUCGGUCUCGUCAUUGGAGAAGUUGGCCUUCCUCUUCCGGCCAGACGCUGGCAUCGCCUGCGAGGCUGCGGCAGAGGUGGAAGGGGCACAAUUGAACCUCGGUCCCCACUCCUCUCUGUCAGCUCCGGGGGGGAACAGGGGGCUGCGGGAGCCCGAGGGAGCCGCGGAGGAGGGAGCCGAAGCAAGAGCCCCGGAGGCAUCCAUGGCAUGGGAGGCUCGGGCCGGGGAGGAUCUAAAGAGCCGCUUCGGCGCAGCACGCGGCGCGGGCGCACCGCAUCCCCUCGCCCCGGCUCGGGAGCACCUGGGAGGGGAGAAAAGGAAAGGGCAGCGGUGGGUGGUGGCAGCGUGGGGUGACGGCGAGGGGGCCCCCGGCUCUCUCCAAGCAGAGGCACCCGGGAGCCCCCAGCCAGCUGCCACGGGGGCCACGGAGAGGGACGUGGCCGUGGAGAGCGCUGGGACUGCGGGGUCACGGUGCACACCUGGGCCAGCAGUGCACCCCUCCGGCUCCCGGCGAGGACCUCGGGACCGCAGCAAAGCCCUCCACCGGGGCGCCCACCCCAACCUCCCACGGCCCCCCGACCCCGGGAGCACAGCGCGGACCCCGCACAAAGCCCCCAGCCCCGCCGUGCCCCCGCCGUCCCUGCCGAGCCCCUCCCCACCCCCUGAGCCCCCGAGCCCGGGCAGCGCCCACCCCGCGGCCUCGGGGCGCCCUGGGAUGGGGCGGGGGCUGCGAGCGGCACCCCUCGGCUUUGUUCGCGCUGCUCUUCCCGGGGACAAAGCGGCGGGGCCGGUGCUCGCCCGGCGGACCCCCCCAUCCGGGAUCCCACUCGGGGGCGCGGGGCAGGCACCGGCCCUGCUCCAGCCCUCCUGCCGCGCCGCAGCGCCCCGGCCCGGGGCAUCGCUUACCUGUGCCGGGGCGGGCUGUGGGGCGGGGGCGGCGGCAGGGCCCCGGCGGCGGCGGGAGGGGGCUCAGGUCCGGCGGCGGGUAAUGGCUCCCGCCUCGGCGGAACUCGCCUUCAUUUCCUCCGAGCGCCGGCGCGGGCCCUGCGCGACCGAGCCGCCCGUGGGCCCCCCCUGCUGGUCCCGCCGUGGAGGGACGGGGGGCGGGGACGGCGGCGGGGGACGGGGGACAUCCCUCCGGGAUGGGGCAUCCCUGCGUCCCGCCCCCGAGCGGCCUGCGGGUACCGCCGUGCGGGUGGACCCCCGUGGGGAUCCCGCCGGCAUGGGGCAUCCCUGCAUCCCGCCCCCGAGCGGGCUGCGGGGUGUCCCCACGGAGGGCUCGCCCGGCGCCGGCCGACACCAUGUGCACCGCGUCCUCCAGCUCGUAGAAGGCCUGGAAGAGGUCUGGCGAGGUGGCCUGGCACUCCAGGUACCGCCGCAGCGUGGCCAGGCUCCUCCAGACCUCCCGCUCCGAGGGGCAGGGCGGCACGGCCGCCAGCUCUGCCCCAUCCUCGCCCUCCGCCAUCCCCUCGUCCCCGUCCGCCCCCGCCAGUUCCCCGCCGCGCUCCAGCUGCUCCCGGCCCAGCGCCCCGUGUGCCGGGCUGAGGGACGCGGCCUCGGCACCGGGGGUGAAGCCGGCGGCACGGAAGCAGCUGGCGAUGAGCCCCGGGGACACGUCCCCCCAGGCCUGCGCCAGCAUGUGCAGCACGUCCAGCAGGGUGGGCUGGCCCGCGCCGCGCUCCACCGGCAGCCACCGCAGCAGCCGGCGCCGGUAGUGGCCCUUGAGGUCGCCGGCGAUGCCGCGGUCCAGGGGCUGUGCCAGGGCGGCGGCCAGAGGGACGAAGACCAUCCUGACGUUGGACAGCUGGAGGUAGGGGUGCGCCUCGUGCUUGGCGAGGAGCAGGAGGACCCUCUUGCCCUGUCGCCGCAUCCCCUCGUUGAACUCCUGCAGCCACUCGGCAAAGAGCGGCGCGGUCAGGCCGCCCGGGCUGCCGGCGCGGUAACUCCACGGCAUCUGCUCCAGGUUGACGCCGCGCAGGCAGCGCGGCCGGGGGCUCUCGCCCAGCGCCCGCAGCGGCAGCUUCUCAGAGCCGCUGGCGUUGGCGCAGAGCAGCAGCGUGAGCCGCUCGCCGGGGCAGCCGGCCGGGAGCGGCACCGCAGCCUCCCCGCAGGAGAAGAUGUCGGAGGGCGCGCCGCGACACGUGCCAGCCACCCGCCGCUGUGCUCGGGGCCGGGCCGGCCCAGCGCCCCUGCCAGCUGCCUGGCCCUGAGCUGCAGCAGCGGGCGGCCCGCGGGCAGCUCGGCGGCGCGGGCGCCCUCCACCCAGCGCAGCAGCGCGGCCUCCAGCGCCCCGUCCUUGCCCUCCCGCUUGCGCUUGCGCUCGGGGUCUCCGCUGCGCUGCCACUCGCUCAGGAUGCGCUCCUUGUUCUUGAUGAUGCGGCAGAUCUGGGGCUGCGACACCCCGAAGCGCUUGGCCAGCUCGCUCUGCGACACCUUGGGGCCCUCCAGCAUCUCCAGCACUCGCACCUUCUCCGUCAGCGACAGCUCCUUGCGCUCCUUGCGCGGUGCCACCGCGGCCCCCUCGGCCGUUCCUGGGGCACGGCCGGCACAGGGAGCUGGGCGGUCCGGCUUCUGCCCCACGCCCCGGCCGCACUCGGGGCACUCCAGCGGCGGCUCCCCCGGCCGGCAGCGGUGGCUCUCGAAGGCGGGGAGGGAGGUGAUGAACGCCCCGGUCGACGGGAUGCUGGCGGUCCUCCUUCAUGGCACCGGCCUCGUCCCGCUCCUCGGGGAGGCGCGGGAGCGCCUGCUCCAGGUGCCGCUGCCGGUCCCGCUCCCGCCGAGGCCUCCCCGGUGGGCGGGGGGUUCAGUGAUGCCGCACCGGGAUGACGGCGCGCGGGAUGACGGGCGACGGGACGCGGCGAGGGCGGUGCCCGUGGCGGGGGCGGCGAGCCCCCGCCGCCGCCGCCGCCCGCAACCCCGCGCUCCCGCCCCGCGCCGCCCGCACCGCCCGCGCCGCCCGCGCCGCAUGGCCGACUGGGCCCCCGCUCAGGAGCUGGAGAGCAUGAUGGAGUCGCAGGAGCUGGGCCUGGAGCAGGCGCUGGCCGCCCCCGAGCAGGGCCCCGGCGGCGAGGCCGAGCUGCCCGCCGCGGAGAUCUCCCUGACGCUCGUCACCGAGAUCCAGGCCGUGGACAGGAAGGUGGACACGCAGGCGGCCCAGCUGAUGAACCUGGAGGGCAGGAUGAGGAUGGCCGAGACGAAGCUGAUCGGCUGCGAGAAGACGGCGGUGGAGUUCGGGAACCAGCUGGAGAGCAAGUGGACGGCGCUGGGCACCCUCAUCCAGGAGUACGGGCAGCUGCAGAAGCGCCUGGAGAACAUGGAGAACCUGCUCAAGAACAGGAACUUCUGGAUCCUGCGGCUGCCCCCGGGGGCGAAAGGGGAAGUCCCCAAGGUCCCUGUGGCCUUCAACGACGCUUCGUUCAACUUCUCGGAGGAGGAGUGGAAGAGCCUGAACGAGUGGCAGAAGGAGCUGUACAGGCACAUCAUGAAGGGCAACUACGAGGCCGUCAUCUCCAUGGACGCUGCCAUUUCCAAGCCCGACAUGCUGUCCCGGAUCGAGCAGGGAGAGGAUCCCAACGCCGAGGAGCAGGAGGACUCUGAGGCAGGGGAGACCCCCACAGACCCCAGCACCGAGUUUUUCUUCCCUGGGCCUGACGAGAGCUCGUGGGGUAAAUACGAGGAGACUCUGGCUGAGAGCCACGAGGGCUCUGAGGAAGAGGAGAGCAUGGAGGUCCCUGGUACAUACGAACAGCCCUGCGACGAGGAAGGUCCCGAGAGCCUGGAGCUUCCCAGGUCGUUGGCAGGGAAGUGGGAAGAGGUUUUUUCCGCCCCGGAGGAGGAAAUGCAGUCGAGCAGCAAGAACCAGAGCGGGUCGGACCCGCAGCAGCGAACGGCAGCGGGCAACGGGCUGAGACGCUCCGUGCGCCGCAGGAGGGACUUGGCCAAGAAGGAUCCCCCCGAGGAAGGAGCCGCGGAAAAGGGGCCCUACAUCUGCUGCGAGUGCGGGGAGAGCUUCCUGGACAAGCAGCUCUUUGCCACCCACCAGAAGGCGCACGCCAGGGAGGAGGCCUGCACUUCCCUGGAGCGCGGCGAGGGCCUCUGGCAGAAAUCCAAGCCCAAGGGCCAGGGCUCCUCCCGCUCCAAACCGUCCAAGCGCCCCGACGGCGACAAGGGCUCCGGCAUCAAGUACGGCCUCGUCAGGCACCAGGUGAACAACAUGGUGGAGAGGCCUUACACCUGCUCCCAGUGCAAGGAGAGCUUCAGCCUGGAAGUGAGUCUUAUCCUGCACCAGAAGCUGCACACGGGGAAGGGCGACGGGCCGCUGACGUGCACCUACUGCGGGAAGGACUUCCGAGACCUCUCCAAAGCCAUCCGCCACCAGCGCAUCCACACCGGGGAGAGGCCCUACCAGUGCACGGAGUGCGGGAAGAGCUUCAUCCGCCGGGAUCACCUGCUCAAGCACUGGCGGGUGCACACCGGGGAGACCCCCUACCAGUGCCCCGUCUGCGGGAAGCACUUCCGCUACAAAGAGUCCCUGAAUUGCCACCAGAAAAUCCACUCCCGCAACCCGCGGCCCACGGAGGAUUCGCAGCUGGGCCUGGAGUCGGCGGGGACCCAAACCAAGCAUUUCUGCGUGAAAAAAGAGACUACGCAGUACGUCCCCGUGGCCCCCUCCUCCCAGCGCCUCUAUUCCCCGGUGUGCCCCAGUGCCCCCGGGUUCCUUAUCCCCCCAGUCCCUCCGCAGCCCCCCUUGUCCCCGUUGUCCCUGUUCCCCCGUUCCCAUUCCUGUUCCUGUUCCCGGCGCUGCCGCCGGGGGCCUCCUGACGGGCGGGGCGGUUCCGCCGGGGCCGCCAGGGGCGCUGCUGGCGCGGCCGCCCCGCUGCGCCCCGCCCCGCCCGCGCGCGCGGCCCGCGCGGCGGCAGCGCCCCCGGCGGCGCGGCGGGGCAGCGGCGCGGCCGGACCGGACCCGCAGCCGGACCCGCACCCGCGCCCGCACCGGAGCCCGCCUGGGGCUCCGGAGCCGCACUGCCCCUCGCCCCUGCGGCCGCCGGCCGGCCCCGAGCGCACCUCGGAGCGGGAGACGCAGACGGCUGAGCUGUCCCUGACCGUGGUGGCGGCCGUGCAGGCCGUGGAGAGGAAGGUGGACUCCCACUCCACCCGCCUGCUCGACCUGGAGGGUCGCACGGGGAUGGCCGAGAAGAAGCUGAUCGACUGCGAGAAGACGGCGGCGGAGCUGGGGAACCAGCUGGAGAGCAAGUGUGCGGCGCUGGGCACCCUCAUCCAGGAGUACGGGCUGCUCCAGCGGCGCCUGGAGAACAUGGAGAACCUGCUCAAGAACAGGAACUUCUGGAUCCUGCGGCUGCCCCCAGGCAGGAAGGGGGAAGUCCCCAAGGUGCCGGUGACAUUUGACGACGUGUCCGUCUACUUCAACGACAAGGAGUGGGAGAAGCUGGAGGAGUGGCAGAAGGAGCUGUACAAGAACGUGAUGAAGGGGAACUACGAGUCGCUGAUCUCCCUGGACUAUGCAAUUUCCAAACCUGGGGUUUUGUCUCAGAUCGAGCAAGGAGAGGAACCGCGGGGCAGGAACGAGCAGGACCUGGAGGAGAGUGAGAUCAUUACUGAUGCCACUGCAGCGGGAAUAAGGGUGGUGAUCAAAACGGAGGAGCUCCUUCCCGAGGACAGCCCCGAGAACCCCGAGCUGCACGGGAUGUCGGGGCAGUCGGAGGGGAGCUUCCAGAGCCCGGACGAGGAGGCGGCUUGUGAGAGCCCCUACGGCUCCGUGUCCCCUCCGAGGGACCUCCCGGGAACCAGCCUGGGCGACUCGUCCGAGUACGGAGCUGACUUCAAUGAGAUCCAGAGAGUCAUCGUUCACCACGGCAGCUGCACAGAGGACGGGAUCGUGAUCAAGACGGAGGAGGAGGAGGAGGAGGACGACCCCGACCCGCUGGAGCCGUGCGCCAUGUUCUCGGGCAGGGCCGAGCCGCCGGCCUUCCCCAGCCACGAGGCCGGGCUGGGCUGCGAGGCGCAGUGCAGCUCCAAGGCCCAGCCCCGGGGCCUGGCAGGGCGCGUGAGGAAGCCGUCGGCCUGCGACAGGGACUCCGGGGACAUGAAGCCGGCCAGCGCCCAGCAGCGGAACCGGACGCGGGAGAGACCCUACAUCUGCCCCGAGUGCGGCAAGAGCUUCAUGCUCAAGAUCAACUUCAUGAUCCACCAGCGCAACCACCUCAAGGAAGGGCCCUACGAGUGCCACGAGUGCGACCUCAGCUUCCGCAACAAGCAGCAGUUCCUGCUGCACCAGCGCAGCCACACGCGCCGCGGCGUGGGGGUCCCGCGGCGCCCCGAGCACGGCCUCAAGCCCCCGGCGCGGCCCCCGCCUCCGGGGAAGCCCUACAAGUGCUCCGAGUGCGAGAGCAGCUUCAGCCACAAGUCGAGCCUCAGCAAGCACCAGAUCACCCACGUCGGGGAGCGGCCCUUCACCUGCGGCGAGUGCCGGAGGAGCUUCCGCCUGCAGAUCAGCCUCCUCAUGCACCAGAGGAUCCACGCCGGCAAGAACGAGAUGGCCUUCCUGUGCCCCCAGUGCGGGAAGAACUUCACCCGGCCCUCCCACCUGCUGCGGCACCAGCGGACUCACACCGGCGAGCGGCCCUACCAGUGCAGCCAGUGCGAGAAGACCUUCAGCGAGAAGUCCAAGCUGACCAACCAUUACCGCAUCCACACGCGGGAGCGCCCGCACGCCUGCGCCGUCUGCGGGAAGGGCUUCAUCCGCAAGCACCACCUCCUGGAGCACCAGCGCAUCCACACGGGCGAGCGGCCCUACCACUGCACCGAGUGCGGCAAGAACUUCACGCAGAAGCAUCACCUCCUGGAGCACCAGCGGGCGCACACCGGCGAGCGGCCCUACCCCUGCACCGAGUGCACCAAGUGCUUCCGCUACAAGCAGUCCCUCAAGUACCACCUGAGGACGCACAUGGGAGAGUGAGGGGCUGCCCGACGGCUUCCUCCCCCUCCUCUCCCUCUCCUCCUCCUCCUCUUCCUCCUCCUCCUCCACUCAUCUCUCCCGCCCUCCCUCCAUCCAUCUCCCCCCACCCCAGCUCAGGGCAUGGACAUAAGGAAGCUUUGUGUGGUAGCGCCGCUGGUCUGGUGGAGACUGGGCUGAUUGGAAAUAAAUUAAUGAAUUAAAGCAAGCAACGCGCGGCAAAAUUAAAAGAUUAUAUAUAUAUAAAAUUAACAGAAGCAGCUGAUAUAGGGGGAAUCCUCACCACCAACAAAAGAAACCUGUACAGGGUGUUUUGCCGGAGUAGGACUCGUAACUGCUUUUUAAAUCUACUGUUUGGUUUUUUUUAAAUAAAUGUGGAGGAACUUUUUAAUUGAUAAGCAACCUUAGGAUGGGCAAGAUUUUUUUGUUGUUGUUGUUGCUGUUAAAUGCUCCGUAGGCUGAUUCUGGCACAGUCACUUUUUGUCCAGGAGCUCUGCAGAGGUGCUGCCUCGUCCCAGCUUUCCGGGCUGGACGCGACAGCCACUCGGCAGCGCGUGGCUACGGGAGCUCCGGCCGGGGGGGGGAUGAGCAAUUAACAGAUCCAGCUAACGAGGAGGUUCUGCGUGUGUCUAGAUUGGAAGCGCCGGUAGGUGCCUGCCCGGCUCGCGGGGCUGUGAUGCACUCCUGAAUUAUACAAUAGAAUAAAA